ACGCUAUUUCCUGCUAAUGAUUGCCAGUAGCCCGAAUGCUAAUUCCUGCUAGUUCAGCGAGAAGCGAGAGGCUGCAUUAGUGUUUGUGGUCGUUAAAUGGUCUUAAUUUAGAAUGAACACCACUGCGUUCAGGUGAAUUAGCUUCCCCGCGGCUAAAAAUACACACUCACCAGACGUGACAGCGGCGGAGCUGCCGUAGCUAACGUUAGCCGACAGCUGCCUGGCUCUGUAACCCUGUAGCAGUAGCUUCUAGUGUGGGAACCAUUACAGAGGAGCAAUGGCUGAGGCAGUUGCAAAUGUGGCCCGAAGGAUUAAUUCAACUGUGGAAGAGGAGAAGGAUAGUUUGGACUUGUCAAACUGCAAGCUCAUUUCUUUCCCUGAUGGUGCAUUCAAGGUCCUCAGAAGUGUCUCAGACAAAAUCUUUGUCAUCACAUUGGCUGAUAAUGAAAUGAAGGUGAUUUCUAGCAAGUUCUUCUCAACCUUCAAUCAGCUGAGAGAACUGGACCUGCAAGGCAACGUCCUCACCAAACUGCCAGACUCUGUGGGUGAAAUGCAGCAUUUGACCAGCAUCAGUCUGGCUAAUAACAGCUUCUCCGCCUUCCCUGAUAAGCUUACUGAAAUAGCCACACUGGAGAGGAUUAACCUGGAAGGAAAUAACAUCACUGAAAUCCCACUGGACAAGUUGUCAGCCAUGCCAGCUCUGAAGUGGCUCAAUCUGAAGUCAAACCCUUUGGACUCAAACACUCGUUCUGCUCUGCAAUCACCACAAAAAUGUGACAUUCUGUUUACAUCAGAAUGAUUUUAAAAAUACCACAGCAGGUUUGAUCACAUAUAAUCUGCAAGCUGAGUGCCUUUAUUCACCAAGGGAGUCUAAUACUUGAACACACGUGAAGUCUCUAAACAGUGAAAACAAAUAACAGGGUGUGUUAAAACUGCAUCUUCCUUGACUGAGUUCUUUCCUGUGCUGCUGAUGAACAUACCCUGAGUCCAUGAUUAGAUAUGAUGCCCAACAAACUUGAAACCGGUCCAUCUUUACACAUACUUUGACGCCAUUUUUGUCUAAGUUGACACAUUUUGAAUAACUUAUUUUAUAAAAUGUUUUCAAUAAAGUUUAAGCUUUACCAAUGCUG